ACAGGUAUCGAACAGAAUGCAAUGAAAUGAAUAAGCAAGAUUUAUUUCGUGGUUUUUUUUAUUAGUGUUUAUCAUCUUCACCCAGCAGAUAGAUUACCUAAUCGAAAUCUACUCUUCGUGAUUUUCAUUUUACUGUUGUUCAAAAUGGACUUUUCUGAAUCAUCACCACAAGUUUUAUCCAUCCAAAGUCAUGUCGUGGCUGGUUAUGUCGGUAACAAAAGUGCCGUCUUUCCCCUAAAUGUUCUAGGCUUUGAAGUUCAUUCCAUUAAUUCUGUGGAGUUUUCGAAUCAUACUGGUUACGGAAAGUGGAAAGGUCAUGUGUUAAAUGCCAAAGAAUUAGCUGAAUUGAUGUCUGGAUUGCAGAUCAAUGACUUAGACAACUUCAGCCAUUUGUUGACAGGAUAUGUGGGUUCUGCAUCAUUCUUAGAACAAGUAUAUGAGAAUGUCAAACAGCUCAAAGAAAAGAAUCCUAAGCUUGUAUAUGUUUGUGAUCCUGUCAUGGGUGACAAUGGUCAAAUGUAUGUUCCUAAAGAACUUCUCGAAAUUUAUCGUGAUAAACUAAUUCCAUUAGCAGAUAUAAUCACACCAAAUCAGUUUGAAGUUGAACUUCUAACUGGAAAGACUAUUACCAAUGAAGCUGAUGCUAUUGAAUGCAUGGAAAUGUUACAUCAAAUGGGAGUUAAAGUUGUGAUUAUCUCAAGCUCAGUACUUGGUCCCAAUGGAACUCUAACAGCUUUUGGAAGCACUAAAGGAGCAGAUUCCACUGAAGUUUGGAAGCUGGACAUUCCACGCCUACCUCAUCUAUUUACUGGAACUGGAGAUUUAUUUAGUGCUUUGCUUCUAGCCUGGUUACAUAUCAGCGGCGGAAAUUUAUCGCUAGCCAUGGCCAACAGUCUCGGCAGUUUGCAAGGUGUCUUGCAUCGAACGUCAGCUUAUGCCGAAGAGCAGGUCAAACAAGGGAAACCCUACGGUCCCAAAUUACUGGAACUUCGACUGAUUCAAAGUAAAGAAGACAUCGAAAAACCACCCCAAACCUUCAAAGCUAUCCGUCUGACAUGAGGGAAAACGACUGCUGUCAUCUUAGUGCACAAGUGAUGCAGCGACGAUGGGGAAAACACGAAGGAGGACCAAUAGCGACAAUAAUUUUGUCUAAGUCACAAUAUGUCAGGAGACAUGUAUAUGAUGUAGUAUUAUAUUAGUUCCGUAGACUAUGAAUGAAAAACUCGACAUAGAUAUUAUUUUACGUAGUGUUAUAUUUUUGCUGGAGCUGUCUUGUUUAUUGUCUGUCUUGUACAAUCUUGGCGUUGCUGUUUUCCAAGUAAAAAUAAUAAAUACAGUUGGAUAAAUACA